GUUGCUCCUCAGCGCGGCUGUAAACACUCGUCUUCCCCCUCAGAGGAUAAACAGCCUCACUAACAUGUCGUCAGGAGCGUGACGAUGCACAGCAGCGGAUACAAAACGUUUUCCUACAAAUAUUCAGCAUUUCUGGUGGAUUUUGAGUCGCCUGAAGGAUAAUAUAAAGGCAGAAGCUUCCGCAGAGGAAAAAAAAAAAAAAGAGCACCAAGAUGGGAAAUAUGAUACUGAUGGCGCUUCUGCUGGCUCACCUGCCAACAGAGCUGCUGUCCAUCCAGGUGAUUGUUCCAGAGCCAGAGAGGAGCACGACACUGUUCGCCUCCGUGAUCCUUCGCUGUGAUUACUCGACUUCAGCGAACCCUCAGGACGUCCUGGUCACCUGGAGGUUCAAGUCCUUCUGUAAAGACCCGGUGCUGGAGUACUACUCUACAGCCUAUCAGGCCGCUCUGCAGUUGGGUCAGGACCCCUCCAAUGACUGCCCCGACCGCCAGCGAACAGUCCGCACAGUCAUCCAGAAGAGGGGCCUCAAUGAGCCCAUUCUAGGGGCAGACUACAGAAACCGCAAAAUUACAAUCCAAAACAAGGCUGACCUGGUCAUCAAUGAGGUGAUGUGGUGGGAUAACGGAGUGUAUUUCUGCAACAUCGAUGGUUCCGGAGACACGGCGGGCGACUCGGAUCGUGAAGUCAAACUCAUCGUGUACCACUGGCUGACCGUCCUGCUGAUCAUCCUCGGCGCUCUCAUGCUCAUCAUGCUCUUCUGCAUAUGUUGCUGUCAGUGCUGCCCGCAGAAGUGCUGCUGCUACGUCCGCUGCCCCUGUUGUCCACAGACGUGCUGCUGCCCGGAGAAAGCUGUGAUGCAGCACAGGAUGAUAAAAGAGGCUCAGAAAGCGAUGGUUCCUUGGAUGAACGGUCAACCCAUUUACGCUCCCAUUAGCUCCAACGCCUCCUCCCAGGGUGUUCCCAUACUGUACUCAGGCUCGUACUCAGACUACCCCACCAAACAAAACUUUGCCAUGGCGCCCAUGCAGCUGUCACCCAUGCCCCUGCAGCAUCAGGUUCCUCCCCCACACCAUAUGAACAGCAGCAUGCGAGGCAACUCUCCUGGCACUGGUCAGGUGUUGGACUACCUGGAGAACCAGGUCAGGGGGCUGGAUAUGGGACCACCUCAGAUGGCUCCACACGGUCACCAAAAUAUGCUCCCACUGCAGCCUCAGCACCAGCCUCAGCCGGCUCCUCAGGUUCCCUACACACCGGGGCCCCCGAGCAUGUUGUCAGCCCUGGAUGAGAUGGGCGUGAGAGGGGUGGAGAGAAGGGUGAUCACCCUGCCUCCUAUCAUCCAGCGUGGUCCCAGCUUUACCUCACGCAGGGAGUAUGGGGGUGGAGACGGAGCCCGAGGUGGGGCCAGGAUAUCCAGCCAGUCCAGCGGGAGUACAAACCGCUCAGGAGGAGGUCUUCCCCGCAACACUCGUGGCUACAGAGACGUCUCUCCUCCGAGACGGGGGAUCCUGCGGGAAUACAGCGAUGAAUCCGAUUGGGAGAACAGGCGAGGGAGAGCGCCACACAGAAGUUCAAGGAAUGAGGGAGGAGGCUCGGCACGGAGCAGAGGAGGCAGUGGUGCCAGGCCGCGUACUCGCAGUCGUGAUGACCUGAUGGAGGAGCUGCACAGCAGAGCAUCUCGCAGGGAGAGGAGCUAUUCACCUCCUCAGCAUCGCAAAGGAUCCUGGAGCUCAGACGAGGAGGAGGACAGCAGGAGGAGGAAAGGAGGUAAAGCGAAGGAUUGGCCAGAGAAGCCGCCCAGCUACUUCUCCAUCGACAUCCAGUCUGGACGGAGUAACGGCCGGAGGAACUACGACCACCUCUCUGAUAGAAGUUCCCGUAGCACCACCAGCGUAGUCAUCUGAAGCAUUUCUAUCUUUUUUUAAUUUUUUUUUUUUUUUUUAAACCUUUUCCUGAAUAUUUCCAGAACGGUGAAAAUGAAGACAAACAGUAGGUUCUUUCAUCUGUUCAAUCAGUGUGCGAGGACAUAGUUGUUGUUAUUGUGAAAUCUGAUAGUGAGUCCUGAAAAUGUACUGUAUAGUUGUAUACUUUUACUGUGUGUGAACUCUAUGUAAUUGCAAAGAAAAAUAUGCAUGAAGGAAGCUUGAGGCUAUAAAUUGUAGAUAAUAUGCAGUUAUAUUAAGCCCGUUUGCGAUUAUUAACUGUAUUAAAUGUUGUAUUUUCUGUCAGGUGACAGAUAAAAGUAAAUGUUCAACAGUUUCAACAAGGAUCUCCUGUUCAUCUAAAAUAGUCUUAUUAAGCCACAUAUCUGACCUCCGUCAUGCCAAAAGGAACAAGCUGCGUUUUUUUUUGUUUUUUGGGUUGGUUUUUUUAGGCUGUGAUUUCUGGUAAUUAAUGUAUUGCUUUGUUAUGGAAAAGUGCAGAUCCUCUCCCAGUCUCCAUGUGGUUUUAAUACAUUUUUUUAAUCAUUUUUUUCUUGUACAUGGCAUCAAAAAAUGUUUACUCUAAAAAGAUGGCGCAUCUCUUAUAAUAACAAAAUAACAGAAAGAUGCUAAUCAGGUUUUAUUUUGCAGUCUAUUGUGGUGUGACGGUGAGAUAUGUUCGACAUAUGCACACCUGCAUUUGUGCAGACGUAGUUUGAUUUGUACUGAUGUGAGUAAAUUUUGUGUUUAUUUCACUUUUAUUUUUUACCUUUACACCAUUGCUUUUAUUAUGGCUCUCGUCCAGUGAUGGGAGUGGGAGGGACUCCUCUUGUGGGAUCAAUUUUUUUUUUUUUUU